UUAUUAUUUUUUUUUGGAAUUGAUGGAUGCAGGAUAAGAACAUUGAUUUGUCGGCGAAGAUUGAAGAAGGUUUUGGACCCAAUGGGUUGGGAAUUUUGUCGAUAUCAGAUGUUCCUGAGUAUUCUUCAUUGCGUCAAAAUCUUCUGUGUCUUUCACCUAGAUUAGCCUGUCUGCCUGAAGAUGUGAAGAAAGAACUGGAAGAUCCUAACAGUAGGUACAAUUUUGGAUGGAGUCAUGGGAAAGAGAAGCUAGAAUCUGGAAAACCAGGUAGACUUGUCCCGAGUCAAUUAUUCACUGUUGUCACGCUGCUUCGUCUUCAUCAACGCGGUUGGACAUCUGCUUCGUCUUCGUUCUUCGUCUUCGUUCUUUCCUCUGUCGUCGAUCUCCUCAGUCUCAGCUCGUCGUCGUCUUCUCAGUCCUCUGCUCGUCACUCGUCGUUUUCGUCGUCUUUAGCUCUCUGUCGUCGUCGUCGUCUCUACCGCCUCUUGUCGAUUCGUCCAGCUCCUCCAGACGUUCGUCAUCGUCUUCCUAUCCUCAUGUCGUCGUACUCAUCCUCACUGUGUCAACAUGUAGGUCUUACCCGUGGCAUGUUUAUGAGAGAUGCUGUAGAGUUACCUUGCCCUGAUAGUGCUGCCGGUCUUUAUAUCAAAACACGAAAUGAUCAAAUAGUUAAAGUGGUAUUUGGAGAAGAUGAAAUAGCAUACCAGAUUGGUGAAACCACUGAAAUACUGUCAAGAGGUCAUCUUUGUGCGACACCACAUUGUGUUCGGGCACCUAAGGGGGAGGAGGCUUCUGGCAUUGAACGUUCAACAUUUGCAUUAUUCAUGCAGCCUGACUGGUAAGCUUAUUAGUGAAAACAAAUCUUUACUUGUUUUACGGUUACAUGGUACUCUUAGAUGGAAUGAUCUUGUUCACUGUCAGCAGCGACUUCUCUAAUAUUGCGAGUUUAGUAAGAAUCUCAGUUGUGAAAUAUGAUGUAGAAACCUGGAAAGAAUGAACAAAUUAUGAGACGCAAAUUGAGGUGUAGAUCCACCAACUAAUUCCAAAAUAAUCUUGCAAGCCUUGAUUUUGAUUACUUAUCCCAAAAAAGCCUUGAUAUGGAUUACACACACACAUGCACACACAUCUGGACCAUGCAUGCGGUUUUGUUUAUGACGUCAAUAAAGCAUCAAAGUCCCUGCUUUUACCACAUCCCUCUUUUCUAAUUGCAUGAGAAAGGAAGUUUUAGUUCUUGCAGUAUGUCGUAUCUGAAAAGUUUUGGUUGCCUUUAUGUGCAUCAUGUCUAAUAUUAAGAUUAUUAUAUUUUCUGAACAAAGGAAACAUAAUUAUUAUUAUUAGCAUUUUUGUUUUCAGUCAAAAAAUUUUAGCCAAAAUAAAGUGCUCCUGUGAGAAUUUAGCAUACUCCAUUUGUUUCUAAUUCAAUGUACCAUUGCUUUAUGUUGUCACUCUAAAUGCAAUUGAAAUGUGCUAAAGCACAGUUAGACUGCUAUUGGGAGUGCUAGGUUCUGCAUUAGAAUC